UUAUUCAGAAAUGUAUAUCUUCUCACGCUUCUGUAAUGUUCCUUUAAUUGAUUGUUGUCUUAAAUAAGUAAUAAUUUGUGUUUUGUGUAAAAUUAAUUACUACUCGUUUAAUCUCUACUCAACUUGCUUUUGGUAACCUUAAAGUUAAUUAAUGUUUACAAUGCCGACGAAUUUCGUGAUAUCGUAGCCAUGGAUUCUAUUGAAGACGGUGGUUGUGUGAGAAAAUCUUAUAAACUGAAUAGUGACGAUGAUAUAACUAGGAAUUGUAAAGGAGCUUCCAAACAGCGAGGUUUGAAUGAGAACAGUGAAAAUGUGCGUCCUGCGUCGGAUUCCAUUUCCAAUGACACAAACUGCGUACCACCGAAUGAUGGCCAUUCAAGGGGCUCGAACUGCUCGAACAGUGGUGAGCCAGGGCCAUCGGGGAGACUCGUCGUCGACAGUGAGGAGUGUUGUAACAAAAACAUAGCUGGUAGCCAGCCUGUAGCUACCAGAGUGAACAACAGUUACCUUGAGGUCGCAGGCAGCAGCAAAGCUGAGGCGCGCGACAAUGGCAUCCCCAACACUCAGGAACUGCAGACCUGCCAGAGGCACAAGGUGUGCCAGGAGAAAGCUGGAAACUCCUACAAUUUAAAUUUUCCUUCAACUAGUGCUACAAGCAGGGUUUGUGAUAAUUUCUUUGACAAUGCAGGACUGAGAGAAAAUAGGAAGAGGCCUUCUAGUUUGAAGUUAAACAGGCCUAACUUAGAUGCAGAUGACAGCUCAAGUGACACUGGCAAUGAUGACUAUUCUUUGGGUUCUGAAGAUGGCUGCAUCUACACUUACAGAGGUGGGGAGCACUUGGCAGACCUGCCUAGCUCCUUCUUUAGCCUUGACAUGGGUCUUCCCCUGGACAGGCACCUCCCCAUACCCCCACUGUACCAACAGCAACCUGCAGGCGCAAAUGCUAGAGAACAUGGUUCUAGAGCUUCAAGCCCUGACAUGGACUUCCUAGAAAUGGACUUUGACCCUGGACCCUCUUGUGAAGUGGACACUGGUGAUGAGUCCACACCAGAUGCUGAUUUAAAUGUGGCUGUGAACAUGCCUGAAGAAAAUGAGCCAGUGUUACGUGAACCUACACCAGAAUUUGUUCCGUUACGGGUUCCUGAGCCAAGUAGACCAGUUAGUUCAACAUCACAAUGCCCGGAGCCUUCUAGCCACCAUUACAGCAUGCCCUCUACUAGCAGAGGCUUCCCUACAGCACACAGUAGUUCAAAAGAAGAAUCAGGGAAUAACUACACUUUUGGCCCUUACAUUACACAUGUUAAUUUUAAAGGCGAACAGUUGAAAGUUCGUAGGACAAUGGCACGGGGUCCCUGCAUUUUGCCCGUCAGCCUACAUCUUACAAAUGGGGACUUGAUCACACCAAGAGAAGUACUACAUCAUGACGAAAAAAUGGAAGAAGAGGAGCCCUUAGCACACCAGAUCAACCAAGGAGACGCAGGGAUUGACCCAGUCAACGUCUCCACCGCUCUCUUUCACAUGACCAUGGCCAAAAAGCUGAUGAUGGAGAAGAACCGGUCAGAUGAGGAGACUGAAGGAGCUACAGCGUCAGGAGAAGGCCCAUCGAGUUUGGGAGUAACAGAGCCCCCUACAAGCAUGGUAUGGUCGGAGCGAGAGGCUUGCGAGCGCCAAGUUACUCAAAUAGGCGUCAGUGCGUGCGGUGCCACCGCCGUCGUCAAUGUUUUCAUAGCAUUAGGCGUUCCAGUUAACAUUGAAAAAAUCAAUACCGCUGUUGGAACGAGGCAGAGAGCUAACAACGCUCCUAUACCCAGGUACCUGUUAUCGCGUUCCGUAGCCGGCUGCACGGCGGCUGACCUCGUUAACGGGAUCCAGAAAGCUUCAGAGGGUCUGGUGGCGGCCAGGUUCUUUCCCAUGUACCCUGAGCGAGCUGUGUCUCUCUCACAUUGGCUAGCGGACUGGAUAUCAGUAGGAGCCGUCCCAAUCCUAACAAUGAACCUGCAAGUAGGCUGUGAAGGCGAGAUCCCCGACGCGUGGCACCAUCAAAUGGUGUUCGGGGUCUCUCCUCGCGGCAUUUACCUUAGCAACCCCGUGGAAUGUACGAGAGAAUGCGCGCUAUGGCCGAAACUUACGUCGCCUUCAGUUCUGCUGGUUAGAACGAGAGACGUGUUGUCGAGAUUUACCCCGGAUACUGAUCUUACUCCGCUGAUGGCUGUGCCUGAUAGGAGGUUUAAUACGUUUAACGUGUUAGGUCAAGUAGUAAACGUGAUACGCGAAUGGCGCGCCGCCGGCUGGUCCUCGGCCGGGACUCGAACCCGCUACAUCCGGUUACCCGCCGCCUAUCAGGCCGGCGUCACAGUGGCCGCACUCACCGGCUCCGCGGCACAUAAGAGACUCACCACAGCGGCUCAACUGCCGAUCUUAGCGCCGCAUGUUGAGAAGUUUGGAGUCGGGUAAUUAUUAAAAAAGUAUGGUAUCAUGAGCAGAAAAUUGUUAAUAUAACCUGUAUAUUAAUAGCGGGACACAAAAGGUCACUAUUGACACAAGUAUCUAUUUUAUGUACCUGUUGCCUCUGGCGUCCCCAUAGCGGCGUUUAGAGAGACAUACCACAGUAGCUCAACUGUCAAUAUUAGCGCCGCAUGUUGAGAAGUUUGGAAUUUGCAUUAGCAGAAGUAUAUGUAAUAACCUAACCACAAAAUUAAAAUUUUGAAAACACCCGACCGCGACAUAGUGGACCGAUUUUCAUAAAACAUGGCUAAGAACACU